CGUGAACUGAGCGGGACGAAGAAAAACAAAAUGGCGUUUGGUAGGAGAAGACGUUACUGUGGUUUGUUAUAGUGCUUUUUUUUCAUAAACAGCACGUACACGUACACAUAUGUACUUUUUACUACAUUAAACGUCGUUAAUAAUUGUUUAGGUCUGGAUACGUUAGUUUAAGCGCACCUCGUUGCUGCCCGUACUAGCUUAGCUUGCUAGUUAGCUUAGCGUGUUAGCUGCUAACGAAUAGACGCGGUUUUAUCAACGCAUCGCUAAGCAGAGCUCAAGUAUGAUUGUGUGAAAAUGUGAAAUAACGAUAGCAGAGUACGAGGAGGAACUCUGUCCAACAAAAGAGGAGAAGGAGCGACAACAUCUAUUUUUUUGCGCGCUAAUUAGCUUAGCGUGCUAGUUAGCUUAGCUUGUUAGCUGCUAACAAAGAGAGGCGGAAGUGAUGAAAACACAUCGCUAAGCAGAGAUCAAGUGUGAGUGUAAAGUGUUGUGAUUGUGUGAAAAUGUGCGAAAGAACGACAGCAGAGUUCAAAGAGGAACUUUCUGGAACCAAACUACUGGAUGCUGUUGCCAAGAAACAUCAAGUUGGGUCACACAGAACAGACCAGCAGCCCCCCCACAUUAAAGAGGAAGAGGAGGAAGUGUGGAUCUCUCAGGUGGGAGAGUUUCUUCCAGGACAGGAGGAGGCUGAUCUCACCAAGUUUCCACUGACUGUUGUCUCUGUAAAGACCGAAGACCAUGAAGACAAACCACCUGAGUCCUCACAGCUUCAUCACAGUCCAAACGUCUGGGAAGAACAUCUUCUCCCUGAGCGGCAAGGGCGGCGCUUCAGGAUGGAGCAGGAGGGGCCACAGCCCUCCCGCAUCAAAGAGGAAGAUGAGGCGCCACAGUCCCUGCACAUUAAAGAGGAAGACGAGAGCCCACUGACCCCCCACGUUAAGGAAGAAGAGGAGGCCCCGCAGCCCCCUCGCAUUAAAGACGAAGAGGAGGAACACAGCAUCAGUCAGGAGUUCCCAGUGAUUGUUGUCACUCAACUUGUUGUUGAGCAUCUUGAAGGACUGGAGGAGGUUGAUGUCACCAAGAUGCCAGUGACUGGUGUCCCUGUGAAGAGUGAAGAUGAUGAUGAUGAUGAACAUCUUCCUGAGCAGCAGAAGUGGAGCUUCGGGAUGGCGACGGAGGAGCCACAUCCCUCCCACAUUAAGGAGGAAGAUGCGGAGCUACAGAACCUGCACAUUAAAAAGGAAGAGGAGGAACACAGCAUCAGUCAGGAGGGAGAGCAUCUUGAGUUCCCAGUGACUGGUGUCAUUGUGAAGAGUGAAGGUGAUGAGGUCAAAGGUGAGAGUGAGGAGAAGAGAGAGGCGGAGCCUCCAAGCAGCAGCUCAACAGAAGCUGAUGGAGACCACUGUGGAGGAUCACAAGCAGACAAGCUCUUAGCUCCACUAUCAAAAAGUGAGGACACAACGUCACACUCUCCUGACACUGAUGAUGAAGACUCUAAGACAUGUCACACUGGCAACACACGCUUCAAAUGUUCUCACUGCGACAAAACCUUUAGAUUCCGCUGCGCUCUAAUAGCACACGUGCGAAAACACACCGGAGAAAGACCAUUCGUGUGCUCAGUUUGCAGCAGGAGAUACUCUACGAAGUCCACUUUGGAAACGCACAAAUCGGUGCACACCGGAGAAAAACCUUUCAUCUGCUCAGUCUGCUCUAAGGGUUUCCGACUGAGACAGGAGUGGAAAACACACUCGAAGCUACACACAAGAGAGAAAGUGUUUAGUUGCGGUGCGUGUGGUGAAAGAUUCUUUACCAAGCGUAAGAGACACAAGUGUUCUGGUAGAUACAGCCGCAGUAGGGGGGGCAACGUGGCUCGGAUACUACCGCGGCCGUGCCAGCCGACCCAGGGUGGCUGGGUCGUAACAGGCUUUCAACAGCCGAGUCACGGCUGUAGUGUCCUUCUUCCCAGUGCCCCGGCUUUGUACGCCACCGCUGGGCCCCUGAUGCUCUCAGUGUCGGGGGUGAACUCGUCCUCUUGCCGGUGAAACAAAAAGCUCCAGUUUUAAUUUGCUCAACAGCAUCAGCAGAUUCAAGACUUUUUCUGUGACAUUUCUAGCACCAUAUAACACGUGUGACAUCAUUGUUGUGUGUCUAACACAAUCUUGGUACUAUACUUCUAACAUUUAUAGCAAGUGGUGGGCCGUUUAAAGAUAAAAGUAUUGUUUUAUUGACUUUCCCUAAAUAUGGAAAAAUAUUCAUAUUCUCUUCAUGUCAUAUUAUGCUCCUUCCUGUGCUGUUGUUUUUAGGUUAGAUUUGUUAUCCAAUCAGAAUUCAGCUAGCUUAUGUUGCCGUGCUCUAUGAAAUCUGCCCGAGGCCUUCAGAAUCAACAAUGUCUGUGCACUAGAGAUGCGCGGAUAGGCAAAUAUUUCAUCCGCAACCGCAUCAGAAAGUCGUCAACCAUCCGCAAUCCACCCGAUCUAACAUUUGAUCAGAACUGCAUCCGCCCGCCAUCCGCCCGCACCCGCCUGUUGUUAUAUAUCUAAUAUAGACGAUGCAAGGCAUUAGUGAGGUUAUAAAGCUUUUGCCUGUUAAAGAAAGGAGACUGAUCCAACGCAGCACAGACAUUUGCGUGCCACGCUGUCACGACCCAGACGCACACCAGUGCGCAAUCAUAUGGGAGCCGCGCUGAGCGCACCUCCAAGCGCGUCUCGCUGCCGGCGACGGCCGGGUAUAUGGGCCCGACGCUCCAGCGCCAUCCAUUUU